GCCUUUCCUUCUCCUAAACCCAUCCGGCUCCCUCCCAUUCACACCCAAGCGGCUCAUCGAUCCUAGAGCUGAAGCGAGAAGAAGCAGAAGCCGCGCGCAGCCAUGUCGGAUGUGUCGGCGACGAUGAACCUCGGCGAGGAGGAGUCUCCCCUGGUGCUGCCGCCUGGGUUCCGGUUCCACCCCACCGACGGGGAGCUCAUCGUCGACUACCUCACGCGCAAGGCGCUCAACCGCCGCUUCUCGUGCAUCGUCAUCACCGAAGUCGACCUCAACAAGACCGAGCCGUGGGAUCUCCCAGGCAAGGCGAAGAUGGGCGAGAAAGAAUGGUAUUUCUUCUGCCACAAGGACCGCAAGUACCCGACGGGGGCGCGCACCAACCGUGCCACCCCCAGCGGCUACUGGAAGGCGACCGGGAAGGACAAGGAGAUCUACCGCGGCCGCGACCUCGUCGGGAUGAGGAAGACGCUCGUCUUCUACACCGGGCGCGCGCCGCGCGGCGGGAAGACGCCAUGGGUGAUGCACGAGUACCGCCUCGAGGGCAAGCUGCCGCCCAACCUCCCCCGCGCCGCCAAGGACGAAUGGGCCGUCUGCCGCGUGUUCAACAAAGACUUGGCGGCUAAGGCUGGCCAAAUGGCGCCGGCGGCCGCCGUCAUGGAGCCGACCAUGGACUUCGAGGACAUCUUUGGCGCCGAGCUGCCGCCGCUCAUGGACUCGCCGUUCGCCGUCGACGACCUCCUCGACUUGAAGGGCGGCGCCGGCGCCGGUAGUUCCGGCUCCGGCGCCGCGGCGGGCACGGGCAGCGGCGGCGGAUACCAAGUCAAGGCGGAGCAGCAGAACGAGCAGCCACAGCCAAUCCAGGAGCCAACCUACUUCUCCCUGCCGGCGGCGAGCAACCCCGGCGGGUACCCGCACCAGGCGAUACGCGAGCGGUGCCCGGAGCAGGCGCCAGCGCUGCCGAGCCCGUCGGUCGGCGAGACCGCGCUCGACGCCGACAUGUCGUCGAGGCCUUACCCGGAGCUGGACGACCUACUACUGGACGGCGGCUACCUGGACUACUCCAACAUGUGGAAGUUCUGACUGAAAUCAACCAGGCUAGAUAGGCCUCGCCGGAGUUGGAGCUAGCUGCCACCUAGCCAUAUAGAAGUUAUCUAGCUAGUAGUAGUUCGAUUUGGUCGAUUAGUUGAUUUAUUAACAUACAGUUGAGGUUUGGGGUUGAUCGGCGAGAUGGAUGGAUCGAAUCUGGUAGCUGCUGAUGCGUGCAUGGUGUUAAUUAAUUAGGGGAAUUGAGAGGCGCUGCCGAUGAGGUCUGAUGAACGAAGAAGGGACCUCGCCGGCGUCGUCGAGGAAGGCCUGCUCUCCUAUCCUCCUGCAGGUUGGUGGCCGGCCGGCUAAUCUUCAUCAUUAGCCUAGUAGGAUCGGAGUAAUAUUUGAUUUGUUAGUAGUGUUGGUGGAUGCAUGCAUGUGUAGAUAGUAGCAGCCGAUUGGCUUCAUGCUGCAGAGUAACUAGUUGAGUGAUGAGGGAUAAAUAUAUGCAGUUGAUUGGUUAAUUGUAUCUGAAUUAAUGUGUGCUGUAGAGUAACUGGUUGUGGUUUCCCCCCUUGUAAAUGCACUCCAUGAGUUAAUUGUAGACAUGUGGUGAUUUAACCUUUAAUUAAUUCCCCGUCAUUUGCUCA